AUGCGCCUCAUCAACACUCGGACUUUGGCUCUAACCGAGUUCUUUGGCGAUGAGAUCCCGCGCUACGCCAUCGUCUCGCACACGUGGGGCCUCGACGAGGUGACUUUCCAAGACUGGGAGGACCUCUGCGUCGCGAGGGAGAGGCAGGGGUUUCGGAAAAUCGAUUUGGCCAGGAUCCAGGCGAUCGACGAUGGACUCGACUACCUCUGGAUCGACACUUGCUGCAUCAACAAGGAGAGUUCCGCCGAGCUGUCCGAGGCCAUCAACUCCAUGUUUGCCUGGUAUGAAUGUGCGGUGAGAUGCUACGCCUAUCUUUCGGACGUUGAAAACUGGGAUUGCCCAGACGAUACCGGUGAUGGAGAAGACAGCUUCAAUGUCCUUUCGCAGAGUCUCUGGUUUACACGAGGUUGGACACUCCAAGAGCUCUUGGCCCCGAGGGAAGUCCUCUUCUUCACUCGAGGCUGGCAUCUCCUAGGGACCCGCAAGCUCCUCGCGGGCGUCAUUCAGAGAAUCACAAACAUUGACCGUAAAUAUCUCCAGCCGAGGAGCAGGAAACGCCUGUCCGACGCCAGCGUCGCCGAGCGCAUGUCGUGGCUGUCGUGCCGCAAGACCACCCGCAAAGAGGACCUGGCGUACUGCAUGCUCGGCAUCUUUGACAUCAACAUGCCCCUCCUCUACGGCGAAGGCGCCAAGGCCUUUGCGCGCCUGCAGGAGGAGAUUCUCAAGACGUCGACGGACCAGUCGCUCUUUUGCUGGUCCUGGACCGAGAGCGACCCCGGUUCGUGGGUCAGCAUGCUGGCGCCGUCGCCCCGGAACUUUAGAAACGGGCAGGACUACCACCCCGCGUACGAUGCCUCGAGCAGGCCGGUGCCGUACUCCAUGACGAAUUUCGGCUUGUCGAUACAGCUCACGCUGAUACGGCCGGCCGAUAUCCGCAUUUCCAAUUUCGGCUUCCGGCCGCCAGAAUAUAUCGGCAUCCUGUCAGCGAGCACAAAGGGCGGCCACCUCAUCGGCGUUCCCCUAGAAAGCACCGGCGUUGUGGACACUUAUAGAGUCGUCCGGGACUUCCCCCGACCCAUCUCGCUGCGAUGGAACGUUCACGAUCUCAGCCUCAUGAAGUCAGGUAGCCUCAAAGUAGAAGUCCACGACAUUUUCGUCCCCUCGAAGGCACCGGGCAGCGAUCUGGGCAUCGUCCAGCUCAAGCCCCACGACUCCAGCUUCCACCUGGGUGAAUACGCCAUCAUGCUCCUCAUCAUGCACAGCCGGGGCUCCGGCGUCGAGAUCUUUACGAGGAUCGAGGCGAUUCCGCGCUACACGGAUUCCAUGGCGGGGUUCAUCACCAUGAAGAAGUUCAAACUGUACCCGUCACCGACGACAACGACGAGGACGAGCCCGUCGGCAGAGUCCAACGUCUUUGACGCGGUCGAGGCCCACGGCGCGCUCGUCCGGCUGCACGCCAACUCCCUCAGCCAAAAGGACGGGGCCCUCUGGAUGCUCUUUGGUGUGCUGGUCAACAAGGAAGGGCAGUCGAGGUGGAUAUUUCGGUAUCUGGACGGUUUCGCCGACGCCUCGUCGAGGGCGCCCAUGACCGAGGCGAACCUGGAGAGGCUGCUGAGGGACGCCGCGACGAACUGGCAGCCGUCGUACAGGGCCAAGGCGUACGUCUCCCCGCAGGCGGUCGAGAGCAGGCGCGUGACGAAGCGGGACGCCAUCACGAUCACGCUUGGGCCCGAGUUCCGUGCCGAGGUCAACGAUCGAAAGACGGUGGCAAAGGCCGCGCAUCUCAUUGUCUCGAGUUUUGCUGCUGGACUCAAAACGGCAGAUACCAUAUAA